GUUUCGCGUGGAGAGCCAUCAAACACUGUGUUCAUGUGCCGAUGUGAUGUUUGUGGCGAAAUCGUGAAACAAAACGUGCUUGCCGAACUCCCGUUGAAACAAUGAAGGCCGACACCUGUCCGAGCCGAAUAUUCCAAGGGUACAGAGCCCUGGGAUACGUCUGUAACCACGUGCCUUUCGUUCUGCGAUACAUCAACAGGCGCAAAGAGCAUCUUGUCAUCACGUCUAUCGGGAGGUGCUUUCACACCUACGGCGGAACAAAACUCGACCUGCUGACGGCAAGCCAGGCACAUGACGAUGAGAUUAGUUGCAUCGCUGGUGACUCCCGCCUGGUCUACACAGCAUCAGGAAAGACCAUUUACUCCUGGCUACGUGGAAGCGAGCUACAAAACACCUUCAACGGUCAUGAGCACGAGGUCAAGCUGCUGCUUCCAUUUGGGAACCACCUUGUCUCCGUUGACGAAUCCGGCAGGGUAAUCGUCUGGGAAAUCAAAACGGCAGAGCUCUACCUGGAGCUGUCGCUUGACUCGUCCACGUUCCGGGCCAGCACACUGCUUCACCCGGUCACUUACGUGAACAAGAUCCUGGUAGGCAGCGAGCAGGGACCUCUGCAGCUGUGGAACAUCCGAACCGGAACACUGGUGCACACGUUCUCGGGUUGGCAGAGUGCUGUCACUGCACUCGAACAGUCUCCUGCAGUGGACGUGGUAGCCAUUGGCCUGGCCAGUGGCGAGACCAUUCUGCACAACCUCAAGUUCGACGAAACACUGAUGCGCUUCCAGCAGGACUGGGGUCCUGUGACGGCAGUGUCCUUUCGCACAGAUGGGCACUCGCACAUGGCGACCGGCAGCCCCGUCGGCCACGUGGCUGUGUGGGACCUGGAGAAGCGUGCCCUGCACAGCCAACUCCUGGAGGCCCACCGGUCAGCGGUGACGGGAAUGCGCUUCCUGCCGGACGAGCCUCUGCUGCUGACCUCGUCGCCCGACAACUCUCUCAGGAUGUGGAUCUUUGACCAGUCAGAUGGCAGCGGUCGUCUGCUCAAACAGCAGCAGGGACACAGCAGUGCCCCCUGUCGCAUUCGGUUCCAUGGCGCAGCAGGCACCAACAUUUUGAGUGCAGGUCUGGACAGCACGCUGCGUUCUUUCUCCACACUGGGUGAGAACCUCAACAAGAGCCUAGGCCAGGCGUCCUACGACCGCAAGAAAGCCAAGAAGUACGGUGUGCUCAAGGACCCGGGAAAGAUGCCGCCCAUUUGCGAAUUCACCACGGAGACAACUCGAGAGAAGGAGUGGGACAGUGUUGCAGCCUGUCACCGGGGUGUCAAGAGGGUGACAACGUGGUCUUACGACCGCUGCUGUAUGGGGAAACACCAGUUGCUGCACGACCGCUUUAAGGGUGUCCGGGGUGUCUCUGCUCUGUGUGUGUCUCUCAGUGCAUGUGGGAACUUCGUCACCAUUGGCUACAGCUCCGGUCACGUGGACCGCUUCAACAUCCAGUCGGGAAUCCAUCGUAUGGCCUAUGGCAAGGAGCUUGCUCACGAGGGAUCUGUGAGAGGCGUUGCGUCGGACGCGCUCAACCAGGUGGUAGUGACCGCUGGUGCCGACAGCCACCUCCGCUUCUGGGCGUUCCGAGAUGGCCGGCAGCUGUCGCAGGUGGCCCUCAGUGCACCCGUGGCCCGCAUCUGCCUCCACCGAGAAAGUGGAAUGCUGGCUGUUGCCUCGGACGACUUCUCGGUCUGCGUGGUGGAUGUGGAGCUCCGUAGGGUGGUGCGAGCGUUUGCCAGUUACUACAGCCAAAUCACCGACAUGACCUUCAGUCCCGAUGCCCGCUGGUUGGUGACUUCAUCCACGGACAAGCUAGUUCGAACUUGGGAUUUGCCAUCGGGCUGCCUUGUGGACUGCUUCGAGGUGCCGUCUCCCGUGACGAGCCUCGACUUGUCGCCAACAGGCGAGUUUCUCGCCACGGCCCAUGCCGAUGACCUCGGUGUGUUCCUGUGGGCCAAUGCCACGCUCUACAGCCACGUGACACUGCGGCCCCUUCCACCCGACUACGUGCCGAGGAUAGCUGAGCUACCUGCGACGACUCUUGAUGACGAAGGUGGUGAGCCAAUUGAGGACAACGACGAACUGAUGGAGAUGGGUGCCUACAAAUCGCCCGACCAGCUUGCGCCCGACAUGGUCACCCUGUCCAAGUUGCCGUACUCACGUUGGCAGAACCUGCUCAACAUUGAAGUUGUCAAGAAGAGGAACAAGCCCAAGGAGCCACCAAGUGCACCCAAGGCAGCACCGUUCUUCCUGCCUACAACAGCCGGCCUUGACCCCCAAUUUGUCAAGCUUGACGACAAAGAGAAUAUGGCACCGUCGAAAAUCACCUCAUUCGAGCACUUUCAGUUGUCUGCAUUUGCGAAGCUGCUGAACUCGUGCGCAGAGUCAAACAACUAUGACCCUGUAUUUGAGCGUCUCAAGGAACUAGGACCGUCGAGUGUUGACUUCGAGAUCCGCGGUCUCUCGCCCGAAGCUGGUGGUUCCUCAGAGGCCCUGCUGAACUUUCUCAAAGCAAUGGGCAGUGGUCUGAAGACGCGUCGCGACUUUGAGCUCGUCCAGUCCUACCUAGGCCUUUUCCUGAAGGUUCAUGCCGACAUGAUGGCUUCGGAAGACGCAUUUAGGGAAGAGCUGGUAUCCAUUGCAGACACACAGCACAAUUCUUGGAAGGAGCUUGAAGUGGCAUUCAACCAGUCACUCUGCAUCGUUAAUUACCUGAGGAGUGCCAUCCUGUGAUGAACCUGAGCAGCCAAGUUGCUAAUGUAAAUCAUUGUCAUUGUGUAAAUCACGCCAUCAUCAUUGUGGUAGUCAUUCUGCUGCAAGUCUCAUUCACAUAGUUUCAUCUUUUUCUUCUUUUUUUGAGGCAAUAAAGAGAAGGAAGAAAA